AUGAGACCACGCCCAACCGCCGAUUCACAACCUUCUGCUGCGGCCCGAUGCGAGCAGCCGUCGGAUCCCCAAGAGCAGUCACCCUUCUUCCGCCUUCCCUGGGAAGUUCGCAACGACAUCUACAACAUCGCAUUCCCCCGCAUCGUCUCGCCGCAGCUCAUCUACGCAGACGUUGACGGCAAGCUCUCAUUCAACGAGAUCGGGACUGCCACUUCUGGGAAUCAACGUCUGCGUCGCAUCGUGUGCAACGGCGUAUUUGAGGACCAUGGCACCGAAAUCACCGGCAGGCGCAGGGCUGCACGAAAUCAUGAAGAUGGAGACAAUAGCCCGUACGCCAAGAGCCUCCGAGAAAUGUACCAUCGCUCUCCCGACGAGCUUCUCUGCCCGCUUCCAUUGUUGCUCGCUUGUCGCCGUAUGUACGAAGACGUCGCGCCUCAUUGUGACCAGUCACUCGCAUUCCAAGACUUUUUGACGCUCGAACUCUUCUUCGCCAAAGUGUCGGAUGGGGUCUUGGCCAGUGGCCUGUUGGACCGUAUGAACAAGGUAUCCCUCGACAUCAAAUUCACCCACGACGGCGCGUUCAAGCCGUCCUCCAGAAAGAAGAUCCUUGCAAGCUGGAGUGCGGCGUGCAAAAGGCUUGCAUCUCUGAGAAGCAUGCAGAACUUCCGAGUUCGACUCGAGAUACCUUUGUCUCAGCAAAGCUCGGUACCAGGAAAUGUCCACGUCGCCAUGAUUAAGGAGCUGGCUUCAGUUGCUGCACAUGUUCCUGAGGUUGAAGUCCAGUUGAUGUUGACGUCGGUGGUUCAUCCCAAGUCGGAACGGAUUUGGUCGUACCGACCGGGAAAGCCAAGGAAUAACCGUGGCUUCCAAGUGCCUGGUUGGACGGAAAGAAUAGAGGAAUGGGGAUCAUUCACGAAGCUUGAUGAAGAACCGCCGCAUCUGAGGACUUGA